AUGCACAUACAGAAAUCUGAAUUCCAUAGAAAGACCGAGUGAGCGUUUGGCAUAACCGCAGCCCAUCGUUUAGGCACAAUGUGCGACGCCCCCGCUUGCACGCGGCAAGAUGGUAUCAGCGAUGACGGGCUACCUGCAAGCAUAUUUGUAGAUGCUGGCAAUUCAGAGGUACACGACGUGCCCAUGCGUGUCAUCACCCGGCCGCUGCAGUCCACCGUCGAGCGCGCGAAAGUGGACGACUUCAAGGAAAAGAUAAAGGCCGGCGUGCAGCUGACGCCCAUUGAGGUGGUCUGGGUGGAGCGGCCCGAGGGCUCCUACUACUUCUCGUUUGGGGGCUGCCACCGCUGGGCCGCACACACGGAGCUGGGCAGCGAGACCAUACCCGCCAAGCUCAUUCGCGUGUCGCCCGCCACCAUCAACACCUACCUUGGCAGCAGCAGCCCGUUCAGAGACCGGUGACCACACCACGGCGGUGGGGCUGGGUACCUUGGCUUCCACGACCAUACAUCGGAGUACGAGGGCAAGGACACGUUCUUCGGCAUGUGGCUGGACCGGCUUGAAACGGGAAGCGAGGCGGAGGGGGCGGAGGGAAACGAGGAGGCGGCGGCGGCGGCGUCCGGGGACCCGGAGGAGUUGGGGGACGUGUAGCGGAGGGGGCCUGAGGUAGGCCGAGGCGCGCAGGGGCUCGAGAAGCGGUGGCGCAGCAAGACACCAGGUGCCUGUGGUAUAGCCAUCAAGACUGCAUGCGUUGAGGCUGAGAGGCGGGCGGAACCGAGACAGGAGGCACGGUUGCCCUGGUGUGCGCCCGUUAAGAUAGUCCCGGUGUGCAGCUGGCACACAGUGGUGGGGCUAGUGGGGCUGGGUGGCGGGACAGCACAAGGUGCCUGCGCUAGCUUGACAGGGGUAAGGGCGAUCAGCAGGGGCGGGCGGGGCAGAGCGACUCUACGCCCCGCCCUGGUCGGAUAUGUGUGUAAGGGGCACGUAGGGCCAUACUGAAGGAGGCCCGCUGACUGCGCCAGAGGACUAGAGGAGGUCAGGAGGGCGAGGCCCCCUGGGGCCUGGGCGCCUCAGGUUCACGGCCUUGGGUACUUUAAGCCUCCGGGGUUUUGUAUGUAUGUGUGCGUGUGUGUAUGUGUGUUAAAGAGCACAAGGAAAACAUUGCGUAAAGACUGUGUAUGCGAUGUGCAUGUGUAUGUGUGUGUCCGUGUGUCUGUGUGCCUGAUGGUGCUGGGACCGCUCGGGUAUUCCGAGAGCUUCCUUGCUGCUGUGCAACUGAAGCGUUGAACUCAACCCGCAUGGGCUGCGUGUAUGUCCACUGCUGCCCGCGUGUGCGUGUGCGCGGCUGGAUGUUGGCAUGACAAGUCGUGUGGAAAGAAUUGUGUACGCACGUCGGCACGUGUGUGCCAUGCAUGUGAGUCGUGAGUGCUGAAUGUGUGGAGUAGAUUGGGUGGCAUCUGACGGCAUGUGCGACCGGGGUCAACCUCCCCUGGUGUCACGGCCGUGUGUCGCGGAAAUGGCGCUGUGUCGUAAACAGCGUUGUUGCAGAAGGAUCCUGCGCUGUUGCAUUGGACAUGGGCGCAAGGAGGAUUGAAU